CCCAUGGUGCCCACUCGAUAGCCGCCCGGCGCCCCACCCAGUCGCUCUCCCUCUCCUCCUCCUAUCUUCCCCUCCCUCGUCUUCUGCGUCGGCCGGGAUACAACAGUGAGACGCGAACCAAGCACCAAACUCGUCAGAAUGGAAGCACUUAUAUUGGAUCUCCACGAGAUCGGGGCGGUCAAAUUCGGCAGCUUCAAGCUUAAAUCCGGCAUCACCUCCCCCAUCUACAUCGACCUCCGCCUCAUCGUUUCUUUCCCCUCCCUCCUCUCCGGCAUCGCCGACCUCCUCUUCGCCGCCUCCUCCUCUUCCGCCCCCGCCCCCGCCCCCGCCGCCGCCUUCGACCUCGUCUGCGGCGUCCCGUACACCGCCCUCCCCAUUGCUACCGUCCUCUCUGUCUCCUUUUCCGUCCCCAUGAUCAUGCGCCGCAAGGAGAUCAAGGACCACGGCACCGGCCGCGCCGUCGAGGGCGCCUUCCGCCCUGGCCAGAUCUGCCUCAUCGUCGAGGACCUCGUCACCAGCGGCACCUCCGUCCUCGAGACCGCUGCCCCGCUCCGUGCCGAGGGCCUCGAGGUGCGCGACGCCGUCGUCGUCAUCGACCGCGAGCAGGGUGGCCGCGAGAACCUCGCUGCCCAGGGCAUCCGCCUCCACUCGCUCACUACGCUCACCGACGUCCUCCGGGUUCUCGUCACCCACGGGAGGGUGUCCAUGGAGAAGGCCGCCGAGGUCCGGGCGUUUUUGGAUGCCAACCGAAGGGUCGCCGUCGUGGCGGCGGCGGCGGCGGCGGCGCCGAGGUCUAGGGUUAGGGUUUCGUAUGGGGAGAGGGCGGGGAUGGCGAAAAACCCAAUGGGAAAGAGGCUAUUUGAGGUGAUGGAGAAAAAGCAGAGCAAUCUCUGUUUUGCGGCGGAUGUCUCCACUGCGAAGGAACUGCUCGAUAUCGCCGACAAGAUUGGACCAGAGAUUUGCUUGUUGAAAACACAUGUGGAUAUAUUGCCUGAUUUUACAUCAGAUUUUGGCUCUCAGCUCCACUCAAUUGCAGAAAGGCAUAACUUCCUGAUAUUUGAAGACUGUAAGUUUGCCGACAUUGGAAAUACUGUAACCAUGCAAUAUGAGGGAGGCAUAUUCCGCAUUUUGGACUGGGCAGAUAUUGUUAAUGCGCACAUAAUAUCUGGGCCUGGAAUUGUGGAUGGUCUGAAGUUGAAGGGCUUACCUCGAGGUAGGGGACUCUUGUUGCUUGCUGAAAUGAGCUCAUCCGGUAACCUAGCUACGGGCAAUUACACAUCUGCUGCAGUCCAAAUAGCCGAGCAACAUUCAGAUUUUGUCAUUGGAUUUAUAUCAGUGAAUCCAGCAUCAUGGCAAGGGGGACCAGUAGAUCCAGCAUUCAUCCAUGCCACACCAGGAGUUCAAAUGGUUUCUGGAGGGGAUUCAUUAGGCCAGCAGUACAACACACCUCAUUCAGUAAUCCAUGAUAGGGGUAGUGAUAUCAUCAUUGUUGGCCGUGGAAUUAUCAAGGCGGCCAAUCCAGCUGAAGCAGCUAGAGUGUAUCGAAUUCAAGGCUGGGAUGCCUAUAAGGCCAGUUGCUUAUGAGACUUCUGGCUUCAAAUUUUGCUCAUAUAUUUUAUACACGAUAAACUUUUUCAUGGAUGACUACAUCUUUGUUUGUCAUCCAGCUCUUGAUUCGGUAUCAUUAUGGCCCAUGCUCAUCAUAACAGCAGCCAGAAAACCUGCAGCCUGAUGAUUCAUGUUGUUUUUGAUUGACUUAUCUGAUGCAUGUUAAUGUUUUACUGCAAACCUUAUCAAAAAACGGCUACUUGGGUUAAGUAAUAUCAGAACUAAUUCCAUGCUCAGAUGCCAA